AUGGCGUCCAAACACGAAGAGGACAUGCGACGGCCGGACUUGAUUGUUCCAUAUCAAGAGCCGCCGGCAAAAGGCGACAGCGCCGAGUUUCAAUCAACGCUUUCCUCGACGCUUCCCAUGGCCGCCAUUUUCAUGAGAAACCGGUACAUAGGGUGGGCGGCCGUUGUCUUCAGCGUACAGAGUUGGCUAGGCGAGAGCGAGGAAACGAGAAAGAGCAACAGCACCCCAGGCUACUUCUCCGUUGGAAUGUCAUUGAUGUCCUUGAUUGUUACAUACCUGCCCAUCUUUCUUCCGCCGCAACCUAACCUGCAGCGUGGAAGCGCCACGGGUGCCCCUCCCCCGGCGCCGGCAUAG